CAUACGUUUCAGAGUGACGGGUGGGCUCGAUGAUGCCUCUUAAAAAUGUAGUCGAAAUCCUCCAACAUUCUUUGAAGGGAGUGGUUCUUCAAAUGAUGCUGAACUCACUUUCCAAGAUGACCUAACUAGCAUCACCAGGCGCGCAAAACGAUAGCCUCGUGAAAAUCCACCAUGCCGUCGUUCUUUCGACAUUUUUCCCCCGUGCGCAAGCGGUUGCGUUCAGCCGGGAGGCUCUGUGUACCUGUGCUCUGUCUCCUUUGCGCCGCUAUCAAUCGCGUUGCUCAUGGACUACCGAUAUCCAAUGUGUGUCGCUACGACCUGACGAUGGUGGAGGUGGUGGAGCGAACCCUGGAUCCCCUGCUAGUAAAGUUGCAAAAGAAGUGCACGCAGGCGCAGUCGGACAUUUUCCAGCGCGUCUCCGGGCAUUUGGUGAAGCACAAGUUGGAACAGUUCUGCCGGGAGGGCGUGUCCGUACUACUAGGCACGCUGCAGAUUUUGGAAGGGGUCUGUGCCGAUUUCGAACGCAUGUACGACAACGCGGUGAAGCAGAAUCGUUUCGUGCGGCGAGAGCGAGGGCAGGCGUGUUCACGUUUAGACUUACUUGUGGAAGAGCUGCGUCCACGACCUGGAGGGCCUGACGGCCAGCAGCCGAAGCUUCCUCCCCCAGACACGUUGUUGACCCUGUUGCCGUAUCUCGGGUUCGACCCCAUGGUGUUAAGCGUUGCACUGGAACACCAGCGGCAAGGGGUGCAGUCGUCUUCGGAGAGCGCGGAGGAAACCGAAGAAGGAGCGGCAAUUUCUGCGGAAGAAGGGGUAAGAUUAGUAGAAAAAUCACCCGCGGUCGUGCCCACGGCAUCCACCGUCGCUGAGGCGAUCUUUGCAGAAAUGGUCGGGGAGCCACUGCUCAAAGAUAUUUUGUCGCGAGAGAACAAAACUGGCAAGGGCAAAUCAGAUCCAGCGAUCGGAUCGGCUUCUGGCACACAGGUCGAGGGUAGCACUACGAGCAGCAGUGCACCAGCUAAUGCGGUAGCGCAAGACGAACCGUUGCUCUCCAGUAGUAGUGGUAGCGGCGCCCUCGGCCGGCAUAGGAGGCAGACCGAAGCGCUGUUGCGGGUGGUCUUUCACGACACCGAAACACUCAAGGAGACGCUGCUCCGGAGCAAAAUGGACCGCAUUGCGGCCAGUUUGCGGCAGUGGAAUCACACGACCACAGAGCUGCUGGCCGACUUUUCCACGGGCGAAGAAUGGCGCCUGCCGCUGCUGCGCAACUUCGCGGAGUUUCUGGAAGACGAAAGUGCCCUGUUUCCCGCGAACCCUAUGAAGCUGGCGAACCACUUACUUAAUUUCGCGCCCUACAUUGUGGAGGCCACGCUGGCCACGGUCAAGGAGGUGGUCAACUACCACCUCGCCGACUUCCACGUGAAGCACCUGCCCACACUGCUGCAGCAGAUCGAGGCUUUUCCGCAGUUGGUGCAGCCCGAGCUCCGGCUCACGUCCGAACCCCUGUUCCCGGUAUUCGAAGCGGACUUCCGUGGGACGACGACCGCCACAAUUGCGGCAAGCAGGCCGGAGGAAGAUUCGGACGUUGCUGCUACAGAAGAUCCUGUUCUUGGUAGUAGUCGUGCGGCAUCUUCUAGGUCUACUACUUCCGAGCAAAAAAAGAGAUCCGCAGCGCUGCUGCCCACGACACGGCCUGCUUCUGCGUCUACUUCUACAACAGGAAUCACCGCUGCUUCAUCGUCUUCCACAACACCAAGUCUGGUUUCGUACUCCACUCGGUCCGCGAACCUUUGCCGGUCGGUGCUAGGAUUCGACAACCGGCGCGACCCGCUGCUCGCGAAGCGGCGGCUGUUCACCGACGUGACCGGCCUGUACUCGCUGCAGCCGGGGUUGCUGGACCACCUGGAGUACUACCACGAGCAACUGAGCUACACCAUCGUGGCGAUGCAGCCGCGAGCGGUGAUCGGCAGCGAGACGCUGCAGGACACCUACCGCCAGGACUUCGGGCGGUCGGAGUCCGUGGCGAACUCGGAGAGCGUGAAGAAGCUGACCAUUGGGAAGGACGACCUGCAGUGCAGCGCGACGGGGCUGGCUUUCACCCCCUCCAAGUGCCUCUUCGACGCCGGGUGGGGGUCGCUCACCUUCACCAUCAACACGGAGCCCCCCUACGACGCCACGCUGACCGUCUCCGAGAUGACGGAGAAGAACGCCGCGGCGCUCGACUGGGCUAGGGCCGAUGACGGGUCGGGGGAGGAGAAGAACUUCUACAAGCGCCCGCAGCCCUUCGUCCAGCCCGUGUCCAACGGCAGCGAAAGCUACGAGGAGAUCUUGGAGGCGGUCGACGGGGUGUACAAAACCCUGAACCACCCAACGCCGGACUUCAUGUUUCUCUCUCCGCUGGUCGGCAACUGCAUGAUGAUGGAGAAGCUCGGCCGCAGCCGGGACGACCAGGGCACGACGCGGAAGCGGGACCCGCAGCUGGCGCCCAAGCUGAUCCUGGUGCCGAUCAAUCCCUUGAUCCCCCCGCCCUUCGAGUUUGUGCCGGAUUUCAACAAGUGGCAUGAGCACGAGUUCGGGGCAGGAGGCGAGAAAGGUACCAAGAGCGGAUCUGCUGCGUCAUCAUCGUCAGGAGGCACGACUAGUAGUACUUCUACAUCAACCUCGACACCCAUUGACGAUGCUUCCUGGCUGUUUGUGCAGUGCUCGUUGACGUCCACCGUGAGCAUUCUGGAAAAGCAGAAUUACGCGCUGCUGCAAGUGGACCACAUGUUCGCGCUGUUCGGCCGGAAAAAGGGUCCCAGUACGAAGUUCGACGAGGGGCCACUGAAGCCGGAGGAGCUCUGGCUGCAGGGGUGGUUCUGCUCCUCAGUCGCGAAAACUUUUAUGGCACUGGCGUGGAAGAGCGGCCUGGACACGGAUUUUUUGCUGGACAACAGCCUGGACCCGCUGCUGCGCAAGCAGGAGCUGUGCCGUUUUCAGGAUCGGUUCUCGCUUCCUAUGCACGACGACGGGCAGUGCGCGGCCGUGAGCCACCAGCUGCGAGCCGAGGAACAGGCGGACCUAGCGCAGGACGAAGCGGAGUCGCAAGCGGCGAAACAACGAGAGAACGCAGCUGCUCCGGCAAAGCCAGACGGUCGUGCGGGUGGUCAAGAACCGGCAGACUCGUCGCUAGGCUCGCUUCCUGCCUCGUCUUUGCAGGCCAAAAGCUCGCUGUCGCUGUUCGACGGAGUGGCCUCGGAAGCUGCUGCGCUCGGAACGCUGAUAAAGCGGAACGACGUGCAGGCACCGGAGGGAACAAGCAGCGGUGUUGUAGUAAAAACAGCAGUUGUUUCUUCAUCAACAUCUGUGGGAGGUGUUCCCGCGCCGCGCGCGUUUCACGAGAAGUGGUUUUUCCUGCGCGACUGGGACCUGCAGAACCCGAAGAACGAGCUGGGGAAGAAGUACCUGCUGGAGCAGAACGGUCGAGGCCGCUGCCUGGACGACCUCGGUUUUUGCGAGUGCUUCAUCCCGUACCGCGGGCGGUGGUGCGAGGAGGUGGAGUACCUGAGGUCGUACCAGCGGGGGCCUUUGAAGAAAAAGUACCGGGCCGCGCUGCACUACCUGGUCGGGAACUCGCCCCGCUUGCUGCGCGACAUCCGGGUGUCGCUGCAGAUCCUGUGGAAGAACUAUAACCGGGCGCACGAGUACCCGGUGGUGAUUUUCCACGACGUAUUGAGAGGAAGAAUCCCCCCUCCCCAUAUCGAAAACGAAAUUUGUGAUGCUGGAUUUGAGUACACAAAUCAGAUUUGUCUUGCUGAAGAGGACUGCAGGCCCACAUCAAGCCUGAGUAGAGAGGUUUUGGCCUAGGCGCUAAGCAUGAGAAACGUCUGCGCUGUAGGCCAAACAGCAUCACAAACCGCCUGCAUAAUGCGGCGGAGCCUGUGGAGUUGCCUUCUUGCAAGACAGAGGUCGCAAAUCAGCAUUGCAAAUUUUCUGCGACGUACCUUUUCGAUAUGGGGAGGGGGGAUUUUUCCCCGGGAUACAACGGGUUGCCUCCCGAGACGCGGCAGUACCUGGUGGAGAGCUCGCACAACGCGCUGUGGUUCGCCUUCGUGGAGGACUACACGAAGAUCCCCAAGCACCUCGCGACGAAGCUGCCGCAGUCCGACUUUGCUGGGUACCCGCUGGGCUACCGCGGCAUGUGCCGGUUCCGCAGCGGCCCGAUCUUUCUGCAUCCGAUCUUGCGCAACAUGGACUACGCGUUCACCCUAGACACCGACGGAUACUUCCCCGCGCCCGUGCAGCACGACCCCAUCGAGCGCAUGCACCGAGAAAACCGCGUCUACAUGUAUUCCCACAUCUCCCGAGACCAGGCGGGGCAGGUGCAACACUUUUGGGAGUUCACCCGACUGUACCUCGAACACAAGCAGUACAUUAUCCCGAUGGAGGCGCCGUCGUAAAGGUAAUCAAUCUCUCCGCACCACGAGCGAGGCAGUGUGCCGCCAGCAACGAAGAAGGAGUCUUCUAGUAUACAUGUGUAUUUUAUGAUCGCGACAGGCAGUGUCUAACUAGGUUUGCACUUGAAUACCUCACCGACGCUAUCAUGGAUGACACAGGGGCAUCCUGAGGAGGGUGCAUAAAGAGCGGGCCCUGCUGAUCUCGCGCCGUCAUCUGCAUUCCAUGCUGUAGCGUGUUGCUCGCGAUCUGCGACGAGAGCUCGCGUGUGCGUGUAAAGCGGAAUGCAGCCAAAUAUAAUAAGUUUAAUAACAUGAUUGAAGCAACUUCUCUUCUUCGUAGUAGUUGCCGGAGAAAGAAAGUUUUUGCACUUUUGCAUACGCAACCCGAAGUCUACGAAAUUGAUGCGGCGGAUCACGGACGCACUGGUGAUGCGGGACACGUACUGGCACGAGUGGAACCGAUUGCUUUUCAUGAACGACAUCGAGCUGGUGAAGCUGUCCUGGUUCCAGUCCCCGGUGUAUCAGGACUACUUUCAGUUUCUGGAUUCCAUGGGCGGGUUCUGGCUCUACCGUUGGGGCGACCACGGCAUCCGGACGAUCGCUAUCGCGCUGCACCUGGGGGAGGAGUUUCUGGCGAAGCUGAACGUGCCGUACUCGCACCAGAGCGCUUGCGUGUGUCCCGAGGACCCGGCGCGCGGCCGCCCCAUGAAGUGCGUCAAGCGGAAGGACAAAAAGAAGCAGGACGAACACCUCUUCCACACCAGCCAGGACGUGUUAUCCAGUGCAAAUAUGUCUGGGUCUGGAACAGUGGAACUUGUGGUGCGUGUCUUGCAUAUCUGGAAAAUCUGUGUUGCAUGAGCAGCAAAAGAGGAGCUUGCUUUGUCAUGCAAAAACGCAAUUUGUGAUGCGUGGUAGGCUUCAGCAGGCCUCUCUAAAACUUGUCAUGCCUGGCUGCCAUUACAAGCGCUUCAAUCAUGCUCAAUUCAGCAUCACAGAUUUCCAGACCCAGACAUGUUUGCAGUGCAUACGUGUCCCGCAGCUACAAGUUCGAGUGCGUUUACGUCGAACCGGGCGAGAAAGUUCCCUCCGGACCGGAAGCCGGAAAUUUUGGCGUCGUAGACCCCGACCGCUUUUUUGGUGGCUCUUGAACCGUUAUCAACUGUAAAAAUGUCUGGGUCUGGAAGAAUUCAUGUUUGUCAUGCUUGUCUGGCAUGACUCUUAAAUCUGUCAUGCACGUUACCCAAGAGCUCCGUUUUUCUGUGAUGCAGAAGCGCAGUCUGUCAUGCAGAACAGGCAACACCUAAGAGCUCAGAAACUUGUCAUGCUGAGCCAGCAUCUGUAGCCUCAUCAUGAGACGCCACCCAGCAUCACAAGUUUCCAGACCCAGACAUUUUUACAUUUGAUAACCGUGCAGAGCAUUGCCGAGGUUCCGGUGGUAAGGAUUUUUAUCGUAAAGUACGAUUCGCGACUUUACAUGCAAGCAAUCGCCGAAAUAGGCACCUUUUCACAAGUAUGAAUGCAUCUUUAGUCUAUACAUCUAACGAAGCGCAUGACGCUAAUCAAUGGUAAUGCCCGCAUCGACAAAAUUUUAUUUGCAGGUGCAGUCACGUUCUAGCGCUACUCAAAUGUAAAUUGAAAUGGUCGUUUUUUCGCUUCGACAGAGUUCUCCGAGGACAUUGCAGUGAAUGUUGUCAGUGACAUUGAAUAAAGUGAAGCUUCAGAUGAAAUUAUUUCCAACAGCACGAUCCAUUCAGCUCGAUUCCAAAGUGUUGAAUGAAAUUCACCUUGCGAU